UCGGGGGCGGGACUGUUAGUUCUGACAGGAAAACUAAAGAAAGGCGAGUAUCUCGCAGGAAAAAGAUGGCGGCAAUCAGAAAGAAACUGGUGAUAGUCGGUGAUGGAGCCUGUGGCAAGACUUGCCUCCUCAUAGUGUUCAGCAAGGAUCAGUUCCCUGAGGUCUAUGUGCCUACAGUGUUUGAAAACUACGUGGCAGAUAUUGAGGUGGAUGGUAAACAGGUGGAGCUGGCCUUGUGGGACACAGCAGGUCAGGAGGACUAUGACCGACUGCGGCCUCUGUCAUAUCCAGACACAGAUGUCAUCCUCAUGUGCUUUUCCAUUGACAGCCCUGACAGUUUAGAGAAUAUUCCGGAGAAGUGGACUCCAGAAGUGAAGCACUUCUGUCCCAAUGUGCCCAUUAUUCUUGUGGGAAACAAGAAAGACCUGCGAAAUGAUGAGCACACACGCCGAGAGUUGGCUAAAAUGAAACAGGAACCUGUGAAGUCAGAGGAGGCGAGAGAAAUGGCCAACCGGAUCAAUGCCUUUGGUUACUUGGAGUGCUCAGCCAAGACGAAGGAUGGUGUGAGGGAGGUGUUUGAGAUGGCCACCAGGGCGGCGCUACAGGCCAAGAAACGAGGCAGAAAGAGUGGCUGCCUUCUGCUAUAGAGUGUCAAGUUACACAGGUUAGGGAGGACAGGAGGAAAGGAUCCUUGCCAACAAAAUCAUUCCUCCUGUUUCUACGUUGUCACCAUGCUGUGCAGAAUUGAAUGGGUCCUUUUCAGGAAUAAGGGAGAAAAUCAAACUAGGUCAAAAGGGGAGUGUAAGCAUUCAUGUCCAAGGUUUAAUCUGCCUUUAAUCUGUAAUCAUAUCUUUGGAUUCAUCAAACCUAAAAUCAAGAGAACAUGGAAAGAAGGAACCAUCUCUCUUAAAGAGGUGCGUUGGGCUUUCCAGACCUAUGAAGUGGUCUCCGUUAUUCUAAAUUGCAGCCUGAUGGUCUGUACACGAGCCCAUCUUUAGAACUGAUCCAUCCCAGGUGUUCAGUACAUUCACAGCUGUGUACCAUAUGAACAAGUUUCUGGAGGACUUGGCUUGUGGCGUUUCUUUCAGUUAACAUCCUAUUAGUCUGUACUUUUGUCAUUUCCUUUAUUUCUCUGCAAUGACCAUCCAACUCUAUACAGACCUGAUUUCCUCCUUUAUGAUGAUGAAGUAACCUGUCGCUGCAGGUUCACAUUCAAAAUCCACACUACCGCUCAAAAGUACAAGUUGCCAAAUGUCAAAUUAAAUAAUUCAAUAAAAAUCACACUUUUAUUCUUUAUUAUUGAUAUUAAAAAGUUAGAAAUAAUGAUUUUUGCAAAAAUAAUUGAGUCUUUCCAGCAUUCUACCAUCAGUUUGCUGACAUUUUAGUUCAUUCUUCCAGAAGCUACCAGUUUAAUGUGGGUGAGAGUGGACUGAGAUCCAAUGACUGUGCUGGGUUCUCAGCUGCUUCUGUAUAGUUUAGUCAUUCUAUGGCUCACUGUGCUGUUGCAGUCAGUCAGCAUCCACAGGAUCCGAUGUUGUCCUGAAUUUCCCAGAAUUUCCCACUUCACCCCAAAGACCUCCAAAACUUUUACAAAGUGCCACUUGACAGGUGGCAGGCACACCUCCACGAUCCUUCAGUCUUUGUCUCAGAAAUAUUCUUUUUGACCCAAAUACCUCUGUUAGGUUUAUCUGUUCAUAAAACUUUCUCCCUGACUUCCUCUGUCCAACAUCUGUUCUUUUUUUCCCCACGUUAUUUCUAAAGCACUUUAAAAACAACAUAACAGCUGACCAAAGUGCUGUACAGAAAAUAAGAGAACAAAAGAAUAAAUCAGUAAAAGUACAUACAAAGGGUAAGAAGACGACAACUCUCACUGGGUUAAAAGCCAGGUGUGUGAGUUAAAAGUUGUGUUUUUAAACGGGUUUUAAAAACAGUGAGGGAUGGAGCCUGCCUGACCUCCAGAGGCAGCUCAUCCCACAUUUUGGGAGCCAAAGCUGCAGAAGCUGGGUCUCCUUUGGAUUUAUAAAAGCACCUGGUUAGCUGAUGUAAGAGCAUGUGACGGCAUGUAAGGGUGAAGCAGCUCAGGGGCAAAACCAUUAAGAGAAUUAAAAACAAAAUAAUUUUAAAAUGGAUUCAAAACCUUUACCCAUCUAUUCAUUUUAUAAGGUGGUCUCUUUUUUCCCCACUGUUUUUAAGCAGGCAUUCCUGAUCUGCUUCUCAGCUCUUGUUGUUUAGUGUUUAACAGGUGUUGUUCUCAGACAGCAGACUCAUGUAUUUGGCCUGCUGCUCAGUUGGGCUGUUCUAUAAAGGGAAUAAUAUUGUGUACAAUGUUCUGGGCAGUUUCCUGCAUGCAAUAGCGUUCACUUUCAUAGCACAUUAUGGUUGAACACACAAAGGAUGAUGUUUCAGUUACUCAGCUAGCUAAAAGUUUAAAAAUGUAAUGAAUUAACAUUCUAACAUGAUAAACUUGAAUUAGUAACAACAUGCCAUUGGAACACUGUGUGCUAAAAAUCGGCCUUUCUACUCCAAUACAGGUAUUCCAAUAAAAUUACAGUAAUGCAUGAUUACAUUAGUUGUGUAUGAUGUAGUCAUAGACUGUGGUUCAUUUCUGACUUUUUGUUUUUCAAAAUAAAAGUCUGCGCUUCUCUUUCAAAACAAGGACUUUGUGUGAUGCCAAACCUUGUGUGUAAGAUUAAAUUACCAGUGUUUUGUACAACUUUUCAAAAUUUGAUUGCUCGAUUUUGUUUUUCAAGUCAUUAAACUGAUGUGGACUGUCUAACACUGUAUGUAGUUGGCUAUAGAAGCGCUAACAAAGGCAAAUGAUCCUGAACAGAGUUUUUGUUAACUGUCAGAUAUUAAAGAGGCCUCGGUGUACCUCUGACACAGAGGAGUGGAUGUUUAUAGAAGAAAGGAUUGUGUUCGAGUCGAGCAGUUCCAGUUUUAAUGCCACACCUCCAUGUUUCUGAUCCGGUCUUGUUCACCUGCUGUCUUGAAGAGUUAAUAUAAUGUACAAUUUCUACAACACUAAUUCCAUCAGUGCUACAGUUAGACUGUAACUAGAAGGCUUUUAAGACUGGACACACUUGGUAAAGAACAGUGUUUCUCUUCUAAUAUCUUUGUGUUGUACUGAUGGAAUUAGGGCUCUGGAAAUUUACAUUAUGCUACUUUAAAGCAUGUUGUGAGGCUAAUAUGUAACUCAUUAUUUAAGUACAAGUUUGAACAUUUAUAGUGUACCUAUAUGUUUUGUUUUUCUUUCCUGCUCUGCAUUCCAUUGUAUGCUAUUUUAACUAUGGGAUAUUCCAUCAGCUUACUUUUGUAUUAUUUGCACAUAGCUUCAAAUGUCUGUGUCAUAUAAAAACACACAAUGUCCAAAUUCUGAAAUGCAAAAUGCAAGGAUCUUCUAUAGGAUUGGUUAUUUGUAAGCAAAAUAUUCUUUUAUAUCCAGUAGUCUUUUGUAAAGUUUUCUAAAGGAAAUACAUUUGAGAAUGACCAAA